AUUUCCCUCGCUGUGCCAUGCCAUCUCAACCCUCACGCACCUCUUCUUCCUCUCUUGCCAUCUACUCUCCCUUCCACCCUCUAUGCCGCCUGCCUUUCUAUGCUCUCCCAUGCGCUCCCUUCCGUACAAGCAGGCAUUGUUGCCAUAUUGGACAAGCUGCUGUGCGCGCAUGCCCACGUGUUCCUGGCUGGAUCCAUCACAUGUGGAGGAAGCCGCGGCUUUGAGCAGGACAUUACGCAACACAGGAGUCAAUUUAACAAGACCCUCCCCCAUAGAUGGGUCUCACAGACAGACAAGCUUCUGUGGCAGUCAAACGGCACCUCUCCAGGUGUAGGAUAA